AUGGCGUCGGCAUCCAUCGUCCGCCGGUCUCUCCUAUAUGUCCCGGCGUCAUCCCAAAAGAUGCUCGCUGGCUCGUUGAAGAUCAAGUCCGACAACGUAACCUAUGAUUUGGAGGAUUCGGUGACGCCCUCCCUGAAGCACAAAGCCCGCGAUCAGCUUCGUGCUCAUUUGGCAAACCUCGAGGCAGAGAAUCGCGCCUUUGGCGAGCUCGCUGUCAGAAUCAAUGCAGUCGAAACCCCCCACGCUUUGGCCGACCUCACCAGUCUUGCAAGUUCGCCCAAUCUAGAUGCUGUCGUCGUGCCCAAGGUGAAUAGCGCUGCAGACCUCACCUUCGUCACAGACGUCCUUCGGCAUGUUGCUCCCCAGAGGCAUGGUGCCCGCUCCGAGAACCCGAUUAAGAUCAUAGCGUUGAUUGAAUCCGCCAAGGCCAUUAUGGAUCUUGCCGAGAUAUGCAAGUCCAGCCCUCUGCUUAAUGGCCUCAUUUUCGCAGCCGAGGACUUUGCCCUUGACCUAUCGCUGACGCGAACCCCGUCGCUGAGAGAGUUUCUAUAUGCGAGAUCCGCCAUAGUCACCGCCGCGCGGGCCUUCGAUCUGCCCAGCAGCAUCGACUUAGUCUGCACGUCCUACAAGGGUGACCGUGGGCUGAAGGUAUUGGAGGAGGAGUGCGAAGAUGGGAGGUCCCUGGGAUUCAACGGGAAGCAGUGCAUUCACCCAAGCCAGUUGGAGGUGGUUCAUCGGCUAUUCUCCCCAUCCGAAAAAGAGAUCGACUGGGCCGCUCGCAUUUUAGUUGCCGAUGAAAAGGCGCAGAAACAAGGUCGUGGGGCUUGGACACUCGACGGCAAGAUGAUUGACGCUCCAGUAAUCGGUAAAGCCGCUGAUAUCGCAGACAAGGCUCGGCGAUGCGCCAUCGACAUGGAUGCAGUCCUCGCUAAGUGGAAGGAUCAAGAACCAGAAUAG